AGUUACUUUUUACUGUUGUUUUGCAAGGGCGUCGAAUCCUCGGAGCUCUCCCGGGCCGAAGCCGUCGAAGCCUCCCGAAACCAUUCGCCCUAGAGAGCGUCGAUCCCUCAAAACCCGAAGAACAUCUCUGAUCGCCGCCCGGAUGGAAGACGCCGCCGCUGCCGCCGGAGGAACCAGGGAUAGGGUUUCGACCGCCGCGGGCGGUGGGCUGGGAGGGGGCGACUGCUUCGGGCUUUCUCCGUCGAGCGUCCUCAAGCUCCAGAAGGGGGAUAUCACCACGUGGUUCGUCGACGGAUCGACCGACGCGAUCGUAAAUGCAGCUAAUGAACAAAUGCUUGGAGGCGGUGGUGUUGAUGGAGUCAUACAUAGAGCUGCUGGCCCAGAACUUCGAGAGGCAUGUUCAAAAGUUCCAGAGGUCCGGCAUGGAGUUCGCUGUCCCACUGGUGAAGCUAGAAUAACGCCAGCUUUUCGGCUUCCUGUGUCUCAUGUAAUACACACUGUUGGCCCCAUUUAUGAUGUUGACAAGCAGCCUGAGGUUUCGUUGGGGAAUGCAUACAGAAACAGCUUGAGGUGUGCUAAAGAGAACAACAUUCAGUAUAUUGCUUUUCCAGCCAUAUCAUGCGGUGUUUAUGGAUAUCCUUACAAAGAAGCUUCCAGAAUAGCUGUAUCUACAGCAAAAGAGUUCUCAGGUGACUUCAAAGAGGUGCAUUUUGUUUUAUUUUCAGAUGAUCUUUACAAGGUUUGGCUCGAGAGUGCUCGUGAGCUACUUGAGGAGUUUUGCAUGCAAGAACCACUUCUCCUUGAUACUUGCAAACCUUGAAGAUACAAGAUCCAAAGCGAGAGUAGGCUUGAGGUUAAACCAUGAAGAACCACUUCUCCUAGAUACCAGUAGUUGUGUGUAUGAGGCCUAGUGGUUGAAGGACUUUGUCAUUAACCUAGUAACUCGUAUCUUGUGAUUUAAUUGACCUUCAAAGAUGCAAACAUGAUUUUGCUGUGGA